CACGUCCAAGUGGAAACACUCGACACCAUUUCCACUUCUCAACUCCGUACAUCGUAUGCGCAGGCGCAUUUUUCUGUCUCGAGGGACACAUCUUGAUCGCCGUCAUUCACAAAGACAUCAUGGCCGACAGCGUUGUGUCCCAAGGGUUUUCUCUCCUGGGUUGGACCUUUCUCCCUGCUUAUGCCGCAGCCUUUCUGCAGUCCCUCUAUUACAGGCUGACGAUUAGUGCUGGGCGACGACAUCCUCAGCCGGGGGAGCCUCUAUUCGCCUACCACAAUCGUCGAAUUCGUGUAUUCGUCUUGUCCCUCUACCUCAUUUAUACCCUUGCGCAGGCUCUCUACGAUGUCAACCUCGCCGGUGACUUCUACACGAUUCUCGGGGUCACACCCUGGUCGACCGAUCGGGAGGUCAAGAGCCGGUUUCGAAAGCUUGCUUCGCGGUAUCAUCCAGAUAAACUACAUGAAAACGGGCAGGUGUUUCCAGGAGCCGACGCUGUGUUCGUGCACCUCAAGUUAGCCCAUGACACCAUCCUCGACCCAGCCAAACGCUUCGCAUAUGAUCGCUUCGGUCCUAUCAUUGUUCAGGUCAAUCAACCAGGGCUGAGGAAUAUUCGAGACUAUGUCUACGCGGGGCUGCGUUCAAAAGCACCAGAAUAUCUGUCCAACGCCGCUGUGCUCAUAUUAUUGAACUACAUCUGGUUGCCGAAAUGGGGACAAUUCUGGAGGUAUUUUGCCAUUGCCUGUAUGGCCUUCCUCGAACUAUACUUCCUGACUCAUACCUGGAACCCUCCAAGACUUGUCAACCUCUGGGCCAAUACGGCAUACGCGCUUAUGCCCCAACUGUUACCACCACACCUUCUCCCUUUCCAAAUUCUAGCACUGGCAAGAAGGAUGUCCAUGUCUCUCAAUAUAUUCAUUUCGCAACUGGCUCCUCCAACGGCACGGAACCCCGGAUUAAAGGAUCAGCAGAUGCAUCAGCAGGUUGCACAUCUGGCACAAACAGCGAACAGACUGGAUGCGGAGUCAGGGAACCUCCUUCAAUUAGGGCUGAGUCCUUUCAAGGGUGAUGCUGAGAAGUCUGAGAUCCUCAGGACCGGAAUGAAAGAGUCUCUGCUCCUGUCUGCGCUGAGAAAUAACCCCGAAGUACGGGAUGCCGUGCAGAGUGUACUAGAUAGACGCAGACAUAGCCCCAUAGUACAGGAAGCAGAAUAACGAGAAGACUCUGGGAACGGG